CACACUCGCUGAGCCCUGGCAGGAAGAGCUGGUGGCCCAGGAGUGAGGGCGGAGCCUCCUGGGGGGAGCGGGGAGCAGUGGCAGGGCGCCAAGGCUGGGGCAGCACUGGCAGGUGCUUGGCGGUGGUGGGGCUUCAGAUCAGCUUGAUGGAGUGACCGGGGCAUUUUUCUUGGCUGCAGCCAACAGGCAAUUCUGCCGUCUUCUCAGUGGCUCUGUGACCCCCUCCAUCCUUUCCUUAAAUUCCCUUUUGCUUAAGUCAGCAGAGUCCAUUUCUAUUGUUUCAGAAAGAAUCUGAGCACGGAGGGGGGCAGGGAGCAGGGCUGGGAGGGACGGGUGACAGGUUCCACACACCUGCUUCACUGACACAUUAAAAAGGGGUCACACAAAACUGGGCUCAGCUACUUACUGGCACAGCGUGUUGUUCAUUAUACUGAGAUGUGUUUGCUGUUCACUGAUCUCUCUCUGUGGCGAUUCCAGCGGUGACUCCCAAGACCGGCAAAGAGACUGCGCUGGACAUUUAAGUAAUACUCCUUCCCGGGAAUACCCACACAUCAAGUCUCACUCACACCAUCUAGCGCCUAAGAGGCUUUGCGAAAAGCCAAGACAAAUGUAUCAUAUGAACACCUAGACAUGUGCUCUAGGCUAAAGUCUCAACUUCAAAUGGCGAAACUGCAUUACAAACAAUAUUUACACAAUUUCAAAAAGUUCCUGAUUAUGGUUCCUUAAUAAGAGUUCCUCUCUUCAGUUCUUCCUUCUAAAAAGAGGAAAACAGGGCAACUCUCUUCAAAUACACGUCCCCACCCCCACACACAGAGAUGGAGGCUGUGGACGCGGCCAGGGCCCUCCUCGGCCUGGAAGUCGGUCUGCUUCUGUGCUGUGUCGGUGCCGUGGGCGGCUGCACCGUGUCCAUCUCGCAGCCUCCUGUCCUCGAAGUGGACUACGCGCAAGGGGCCGUGACCGUGCCCUGCUUCUUCUCCACGGUCGGCUGCCCCCCUGAGGCCCCCAGCAGCCUGUGGUUCCGCUACGGGGCUCACCGGACGGAGACCCUCUGCGUGGACGGGUGCACAAGUGAGGCCGACAAGUUUACAGUGAGGAAGGCACAGAACCAGGUCUCCCUCACAGUCAACCGGCUGACGCCCAAUGACAGUGCCAUCUACAUCUGUGGACUCGCCUCGCCCAGCUCAGAGGACCCAAGGGCCAAGGAGGCCGGAGCGGGGACCGUGCUGGUGGUGAGAGAAGCGCGAGGCCCAGGCACGGCCCUGCGGGGGCUCCUGGCGGCUCUGCUGGCCCUGCUCUCCGUCUACGUGGUCGUGGUGCUCGGGGUCUUCGUCAUCCUCGCCAGGUCAAAAUUUAACACUCUAAGAAACAAAGAAAAAGAAGAUUCACAAAAGAAAAAGAGUGCCAGGCGUAUUUUUCAGGAAAUUGCUCAAGAACUUUACAAUAAGAGACAUGUGGGAACAAGUCACCAACCUGAGAAAGACAACACUUAUGAAAACAGGACAGCACUGGACAACUAUGAAAGACCAUAGAAACUAUUUAAUCUUCAAGCAAGUCACUGAAAAUUAGAAGUUAUGGUAGUUUUAAUGGACAUAUACCCACCAGGGCUUUAGAAACAUAAACAAAGAUGAAUGGAAAAGACAACUGGGCACAAGUAAGGAUGCCGGAGUACAAGAAACUACAACUACAAUAACUACCACACACUCAAACUCUGUGAAACUGCACAUACUUCCCUAACUCGCUAGAAGAUGCUACACUCAUGUGGUCAAGAUCAACACCCUGGUCAGGCCUGAUGGAGAGAAGGCGUGUGUUCAACUGGCUCCUGACUAUGACGUUUUGGAUGUUGCCAACAAAACUGGGAUCAUCUAAACUGAGUCCAGCUGCCUAAUUCUAAGUCUAAAAAUUUUACACUGUAUAAAUAAAUAAAUAGAAUUCUAAGCAUUCUAA